GCAUUCCAAGCAAAAUACUUCACGACCUGAGAGACCCAUGGAAUCUGCUCGGACGACCGAGCUGGAAGAAAGAACCAGAGUUCUAGAAAUAAGAACUAGAGUUCUAGAAAUGGUCAUGGGAAGAAUCCUCUCUCGUCUGAUCCCUGAUGACCCCCUAAUUCCUCUGCUGAAUAGGGGUGAGCAGUCGACAGCAGUAAUUGCAACCCACAACUCCCCGGCCUUGAGUAAUGUGGUGGUUCCAACCAAGUCAAGGGGAAGUGGAAGGUUAAAUCCAAAACCCAGCUCGUCCAAACACAAUGAUGAAUUAAUGAAGAAAAAUGCAGAACUCGAGAAGCAGCUAAAAGAUAUACAAAGGUCUGUUGACGAGCUAAAAAGUCUGAGUUCGUGUCAGCAAACCUUGGAUUUAGACAGUGCCCCUCUCAACCUGUCCAUUACAGCAGAACCAUAUCAGGAAGGAUUCAAAAUUCCCCAUUUAGAAACAUAUGAUGGUUUCAGCAACCCAGACAAACACUUACACACCUAUCAAGCCAUCAUAAAAAUUCAGAACGCUACUGAUGCAAUGAUAUGCAAGGUGUUCCCUACAACAUUGAAAUCUACUGCUAGAAGAUGGUACCACAAGCUCCCUAGACACUCUAUAGUUUUGUACUCCCAGCUCGCCACUUUGUUCUCUAACAAAUUUGCGAGCCAGAGGGAGAUAAAACAUACUGCUACUAAGUUGAUGCAAGUUCACCAGAGGGAGGGAGAAUCUUUGAGAGACUAUAUGCAACAGUUCAACAAGACCACCCUAGACAUUGAUAAUGUUCUUGAUACCCUUUGUUUGUCUGCCCUACUGCACGGUCUCAAACCUGGUCGGUUCUUAGACGACCUCUUAGAAAAUCCCCCGAAGUCAUGGAACGAAGUAAAUGACAAAUCAGCGAGCUUCAUAUUAUCAGAAAACUUUCAGUCGUCUAAGCGACAAGUUGACGAUAAACAAGGUAAAGAGUACAAACAACCAAAAGAGAGGGAAGAAAAGAAAAAACAGAAAGUCGACGAGCAGAGUGGAAAGCCAAAUAAAGACUAGGCUUCAAUUCAGGUGAAUGUAUGGGUUUUAUUGUAUUUCAUUAAGUGCUAAAAUAGAAAUUAUAUGUAUAUUUAUACUCUCUAUAUAUAAGUGAUAAGAAAUCUCAAAUUAAUUG